AUGGACAAGAAUCGGACUCUGAUCGCAAAUCGGCAUGGUCUCGCCGGGCUUCAUUUUCUCUAUGGGAAUCUCGAUGAAGCAUUCGAAGUCUACAAACAAGCUUGGGAUAUUUUAUUGGACACAAAAAGAAUCAACGAGAAACUAGGAUUGGCGAGUAAUUCGAUUGAAGAUCUUUUCACAGUCGAAGAGCUAGAUCUUGAUCGAAAUGAGAACGAAGGAGCUGUUGAAGAAGCUGAGGAAAGAGAUGCGAUGAAUGCGGAAAGAGUGCACAGAGCGGGAAGGGAAGGGAGAAGGAUGCCGAGAGCCGAAAGAAGCAGGAAGAACGAUGAAGAACAGUCGUUUAUGAUUCUCACCGAUGAUUUGGAUAAAGAAACACUCCUCAACACUCGAUGUGCGUCUUGUCGAAUCGGUCGACGGAUCCGUGACCUUCGAGAACUACUGGGUGGAACUCGGGACGCAAGUCUUCAAACAGACAGCCGCUUCUCCUUCGAAUUGCUGUGUGCUCACUUGUUCCGUAUUGCUAUCCGAGUACCAAUGAGUCAAGCAACGAGCACAAAGUUUAACCAAAUGUACGAUGACUUCUGCGCAUGGAUUUCUCAGAUUCGGCCGUUCUUCGAGGCUUCGCUCUCUGCAGUGCAAGCGGUGCAGGAAUUGGCCCACAAACUGGUCGAACUUGAGAACGCGUCAAAGAGGAUCGAAGAGGGUAUGGAGAUUUUCGUUCCUAGAGCCUAUGGAGGAACGCUGGAGAUGAAGACGGUCGUGAACAAGAAGAAAGAUAAUGCAAUUGGUAGAAUUGAUCGUUUUGGCCAAACAAAGCCGACUACCGUGCACCAUUUCGUCGUGCAGAACUCAAUUGAGGAGGAAAUCUAUCGAAUCACCCAGAAUCAUCUAUUCGAAGAGGGAUGGACAGUGCAAACGCUCAAGGAUGUCUUCGGGAUUCAAGGAAUUCAA